AUGUACUACUUCCACGAACUUUGUAGCAAGGAAGAGCUUCGCAAGAAGUACUCAGAGAGAGUACACACCUCAGAACGGGUCAAUUGGUUCUUUGCGAGGCAGGGAUUGGAGACACUCUGUAACUCUUUGCGUCAAAGAUCACCUUCAGCAGUAAGCCGGCUGUCAAUCCAUGACAGUCUCUCCGCAUACAUCGUCACCGUUAUGAACCGUAUUCUGCCUAAUCAAAUACGCAAGAUCAAAGUCACUGACAGCUAUCGCUUCUCUGGAGCAAGCUUCGCAUGUCCUGAUGUUGCUGGCAAUGCGGUAAUCGACGUUUUGACAGCACUGCCAGAGAACCCGACAGAUAUCACAGGUAUCGCCACAAGCAUCCGCGAGACCCUCACGCACUAUCGACAACACGAAGUCAUUUCAACAUGGAUGUCCGCAGCUAGUCACCUGAUGCUCGCAGCUGCAAAGGCAGGGAAAUCAUUUUACUACCCUCCUUCUACCGAAAUUAUGCCCGUGAAUUCUAUGGCAACCAUCGACUGGUGUUCAGCACACUUUGGUCAACCAGAGUCGCAUAGACAUCACAUGAGUGGGCAUGGCUUGCUUUAUCUGCGCGUUUUUGGCGCCAAUCCAUGGCGCGGAGAUGAUGGAUCGUGGCGUGCUCCAGAGGGAAGAAUUGACAUAUCCAUCGGAGUUCCUCGGGGAUGCAGGCAAAAGGUGCUGGACAUUCUGGCGCAAGGACUCGAUAGUAUCAGGACAGAUGGUUGA